CCAAAAGAUAGAAAACCCUAAACCCUACUUUCGCCCCCUCUGAGCCAUUAAUUGUCUUCCUUCUUCGCUUCUUUCAUCUUUCUACUUCUCCAUCUCCGGUUAUUGUCUCAGCCACCGAACUCACCGGCCCACCGCCACUCACCGGCGCGUCCCCACCGCCCCUUUUCUUUCUUCUAUCCUUAUUUCUCUCUCUGCUGCACUUUCAGUUUUUUCACAAUGAAGCAGAAAUUCAAAUCCAAGAAGUCUGGCAAGCAGAAGCGACUAUCCGAAAAUGAAGAAAUUAAGCUCUUAAAUUCAUGGAUUGAAUCACAGAAACCUGACUCAGGCUCCAAUCCUAUGUCGCUCCCUCCGCCGCCACCGAAUGCUCCCAUUGGCCGCAUCGAUGACGAUACAUACUCUCGUUACGCCGGAGCGACGAGGUUUGAUCAGCUGCCGAUUUCGAGCAAGACCAAAGAUGGGUUGCGCAAAGCUGAGUUCGUUGACAUGACUGACAUACAGAAGGCUUCACUGCCUCACGCGCUUUGUGGUCGAGAUAUUCUUGGUGCAGCUAAAACUGGUUCGGGAAAGACGCUAGCUUUUCUUAUACCUGUUCUUGAAAAAUUGUACAGAGAGAGAUGGGGUCCUGAGUUUGGAGUAGGGAGUAUAAUAAUAUCUCCCACAAGAGAAUUAGGAGCUCAGCUGUUUGAUGUAUUGAAAGCUGUAGGAAAAUUUCAUAAUUUCAGUGCUGGCCUAUUAAUUGGUGGUCGUAAAGAUGUUAACACUGAGAAGGAACACGUGAAUGAGUUGAACAUUCUUGUCUGCACUCCUGGUCGACUUCUUCAGCAUAUGGAUGAGACUCCAAAUUUUGAUUGUUCACAGCUUCAGGUUUUAGUCCUUGAUGAAGCAGAUCGUAUUCUUGAUGUUGGAUUUAAGAAGACUUUAAAUGCUAUCAUCUCACAGCUACCUAAGCACAGACAAACGUUUCUGUUCUCAGCAACUCAAACGAAGUCUGUUCAGGAUCUUGCCAGACUCAGUUUGAAAGAUCCUGAAUACCUUAGUGUCCAUGAAGAAUCUACGACUGCCACACCCAAUAGUCUACAGCAAACUGCCAUGGUUGUUCCUCUUGAGCAGAAGCUGGACAUGUUAUGGAGCUUUAUAAAGGCACAUCUUAAUUCCAAAAUUCUCGUGUUUCUCUCUAGUUGUAAGCAGGUGAAAUUUGUUUUUGAAACUUUCAAAAAGUUGCGCCCUGGAAUCCCAUUGAAGUGCCUCCAUGGAAGGAUGAAGCAGGACAAAAGGAUGGGUAUUUAUUCCGAGUUCUGUGAGAAGCGCUCAGUUCUCUUCUCAACAGAUGUAGCCUCUAGAGGUCUUGAUUUUAAUAAGGCUGUUGACUGGGUUGUGCAGGUUGAUUGCCCAGAAGAUGUGGCUUCUUACAUACAUAGAGUUGGUCGCACAGCUCGGUACCAUUCAGGUGGGAGAUCGGUUUUAUUUAUUAUGCCCUCGGAAAUGAAGAUGCUUGAACAAUUGGAAUCAGCCAAAGUACCUAUUCAGCUUAUCAAGGCAAACACAAAAAGACUUCAACCAGUUUCUGGUUUGCUGUCAGCGUUGUUAGUCAAGUAUCCUAAUUUUCAGCAACUUGCUCAAAGGGCCUUUAUCACGUAUCUUCGAUCAAUUCAUAUUCAGAAGGAUAAGGAAAUAUUUGAUGUUAUGAAACUGUCAAUUGACGAAUUUUCAGCCUCGUUGGGGUUGCCAAUGACCCCAAAAAUUCGUUUCAUUGAUCAGAAAAGGAGGUCACAGAAGACGUCUGCUAAUCCUACCACCUUUCUUGCAUUGGAUUCGUCGAGUAAUGAGAAUGUUUCCAAUAUAUUGAAUGGAGAAUUGGAGGUUGGCGACUUUAAAGAAAGCGACCAAGGACUUCUUCCACCUAUUGAUAACCCUUCUAGUGAAGUUGAAGAUGCUGUGGCACCUACGCGGAUAUUGAAGAAAAAGAAGUUAAAGAUCAAUGUCCACAGGCCAGUAGGGACGAGAGUCAGUUUUGAUGAUGAUGGCAACCCACUUGCCCCUCUUGCUAAGCUUGCUGACAUCAAAAGUAGCAAUGAUACAUUUGUUGUCGAUAAAGAUCAAAAAAAUGAGUUCUACAAAAAGAGAAGGGAAGAGUUAAAACAAGCUGACAAGGAAGACAAACUUCUCAAUCGUAAUCGUCUUAAAGAGAAACGAAAGGAGAAGAUGAAUAAGAUGAAGAAGAGGGCCGCCAAAGAAAUUGAGGACGACGACGACGAUACUUCUGAGUCUGAAGAAGAAAGACCUCAGAAAAGGUCAAAGAAAUUUGUUGACAGUGAUAGUGAUAUUGACAAUAAAGUAGAAAACAAGUUCAGUACAGAGUCCAUUUCAGUGGCAGAACAAGAGGAGUUAGCUCUCAAAUUGUUGAGUUCCUUGCAACCAUAAUUUUCAAAAGGUACUUGUAUUUAAAUUUACAUAGCAAUCUCCACUGUUUUAUUACCCCCUAUACUUGUUGAGUUUAUCACCCUUCUCUAUAAACUGUGGAGGAUUUUAUUUAUAUUCUUCUGUAGCCUGUGUUCAGGUCCAAAGCCUUUUUGAAAUAGGGUCCCUUCUGUAUAAUUUAAUGAAAAAAUUUUGAGCCACUUUUAAUUUUAAAUUUUAAAUUUUUUACUUA